AUCAAAAAAAUUCAUAGUCUCUCAGCUCUCUAAAGUUACACUCCCUUCAGGAUCUCUCGUUAAAUUAAAACAGCUUUAAAUUUGUAUUUGUAUAAGUGCUUUUUUUUUGUCCUUGCGGUCUUGGAUGCGCACUAAAACAAAACAUUAAGUGCUAUGCAUAACCCAAUUUAUGAAAAUUGAUGAAAACAUUGAUUACAUAUGAAAAAUACGUGCCUUUUAUUAAGUGUGCGUAAUGUUUAUAUUUUAAUAAUUUUAUAAAAUCGAUUUGAAUAAAAAAUCAGACAUGAAUAAGGUUAAAAGGACAUGUUUGUCAAUUUACGACCGAUGUAAAAUAGUUGAACGCCUCAAAGCUGGUGAAUCAAUGAAUAAUUUGGCACGAGAGUACAAAGUAACAAGACAGGCAAUUUGUAGAAUAAAACAUUCGGAAACAAAGCUCCUUCAAACGAAAGAGGUCCUGACAAGUUGUGGCGGAAAUUUGGAGAAAAAAAAAUACAAAGCUACAGAAGAUGGUCUUUUAGAUCGGAAACUUUACGAGUGGUUCAAACAAAGACGUAGUAUGGGGUUUGCAGUUUCUGGUCCAAUGUUAAAAGAAAAAGCGUUACUUUUUAAUAAACGUCUUGGUGGUAAGGAGAAUUUUGCAGCUAGUGACGGCUGGCUUUCACGGUUUAAAAUAAGACACGGAAUUGGAGAAAAAACAAUCCCUGGUGAAAAAUUACCUCCGAAUGUCGAAAAAAUUGAAGGAAGUAAUGUGAAAAUUAAAAUGGAAAAUAUUGGAGAGCUAACUGGAAUUGAUCUUAAGUACAUUUACAAUUGCGACGAAAGUGCUUUAUACUGGAAGAUAAUACCUACGAAAACUUUAAUAGAUCCAGAAGGAGGUCGGAGAAAACCAAAAAAUCGGGUUACUAUUUUAUUUUGUACAAAUGCUACCGGUACCCAUAAGAUCCCUUUGUUUGUAAUUGGAAAGUACGCAAAGCCUCGGUGUUUUAAAAACGUAAACCAUCUGCCGGUUCGUUAUGCCAGUCAAGUAAAUGUUUGGAUGACUUAUGACCUAAUGAAAACAUGGUACAGUUCAGUGUUCUUGCCUGAAAUUAAAAAAGAACAUGAUCUGGAAAAUAAUCCGCACAUUAAAAUAAUAUUAAUAAUGGACUACGCCACUUGUCAUCCACCAGCUGAAGAACUAAAUCAAAUGUGUUCUUCGUGUAGUAUAAUGUACUUGCCUCCAUAUGUUACCGCGCUUAUCCAGCCUCUAAAUCAGGGAAUAAUUGAAAAAUUUAAAAGAUCAUUUCGAAGUAUGUUAUUACAACGAAUACUAGUCGAAAAUGGACUACAGGGUGGAGAAGAUCAUUUGAAAUCGCUUGAUUUAAUCGAUUGUCUUAACAUUUGUCUACUAGCAUGGAACUCAGUUUCAGAAAACGACAUAAAAAAUAGCUGGAAAAAUUUUAUUCCGCAAGAAACUCAAGAUAUUUUGAGAGUUCAAUUAACUGAAGUAUCUGAAUUCCAAACUCUAUUACAUAAAGUCCCACAAUUUAAUGAUUUAUCUAUUGAUGAUAUAACUAACUGGCUGAAUGUAGAUGCUGAUGAUUUCGGCUGGCAAGCUUAUACCGAUGAGGACAUUCUCUUGGAAAGACAGCCUGACAAUCACGCGGAUAAUAUUGUUGAAGAGUUGGAUGACGAGGUUCAUUACAAAGAUCUACCGUCACUGCCUACUGAUUCUAUUUUAGAUGAUGUCUGUCCGACCUUCAUUGAAGCGUUAGGCGGGUUUAAAUUAUUUUUUCGUUGGUUUGAAAAAAAUGGAGAAAAUCCUGAGAAAUAUCAACAGUUGCUUCAGGAACUCCAUCAAGAUCUACUUAAAAAACUAAUCAACGAUAACUAAUUUUAAGAAUCAAAGCUGUUGGAAACUUAUCUGUAAUACUAUAAGACUUGUUAUUAUGUGUUGUAGUUGAUUUGAUGAUUUAAAUAUCAAUAAUAAUACUAAUUUAAAGAAAUAAAUGAAGAUUUUUUUUAUUUUCAUGACAACUUUAAAGAGCGCGCAAUUUUAGGAAGUUUAGAAUCAUUUUUUUACGACUUAGCAUGCGGAUAUGACAAUUAAUGUCAUUAUAUUAAGUUUCUCUCUUAUGACAUCGACAUGUUAACUGAUAAUUACAGUAUCAAUAUCGACUAACAAUUCAGGUACACAAUGUAUAUUAGAUACAUGUAUUACUGGUUCCGCGAACCUUGAAUUGCAAUUGCAGCUGCAUAUAUUAACUAUACACAAAAGAAAAAUUAAAUUGAAUAAAAUAGUCAUUUCGAAGAGCUUUAUCAUCUGGAUUAAAGUGGAAAAAUUCUUAAACUUAGAAAUUUUACUUGCUUUAAGUAAAUUCUACUUGAUUCAAUAAUUGUUCUCUUAAUUCAAGUUAUUUUUUUCUUUUUUUUAAUGUAUGUACUAAUGUUUUGCUACUAAAUAAAUAAAUAUAGAAUAACCCCAGCUUCACACGACUAUUACUUCAAGACUAUAUACUAUUGUUAUUAAUACAAACCGGAAUAAUUAGUUCUAAUUUAAACAGAUGAAGAAAUCAGUCAUUUAUCUAGCGGGUGAUCAAGUGUAAUUGCAAAUGGAACUAAAUAAGAUGAUGUAAUUAGUUUAUUGGUGGUAAAUUUAUUAUAUAAUU